CCAAUGAGUAUUGGAUGUUGAUUUAUCAUUUGUGUGAUAGGUGUACGGAAAAGACAAAGCACCGAAAGAAAGGGUCUAUGUCAGACUACAGUCCCAAGUGAGAAAAACAAAAGUGAAUGUGAAUUUGAACAUACCAUACUUACAACUACUGUGUCUGUCUUUCUUUCUUUGAAUACUGUGCCAAAACCCCCAACCCAGAUAACUUCUCAUAAGUACACAACACAAGAGAAUAGAUGGAGGGUGGAAAAAAAUCACACGAACAAGAGCAAGCUGGUCCAUCUUCUGCUAUUGACAAAACCACUGAAAAACCCACUCACACUUUUCAUGUUGCUAGUGAAGACGAGGAAGACGAAGGACAAGUCUUUGUUCCUAGUCCUCUUCUUUCUCUCAAGGAACAGAUUGAGAAAGACAAGGAGGAUGAAAGCCUAAGGAGGUGGAAGGAGAAGCUUUUGGGUUCCUUGGAAAGUGAUUUAGAUGAUCAAUUGGAACCUGAAGUAAAAUUCCACUCCAUUGGAAUUCUGUCUGAGGAUUUCGGUGAAAUCGUUACUCCUUUACCUGUGGAAGAACAUCAGAACAGCCGUAUGCUAUUCACUCUAAGGGAGGGAUCUCGCUAUCAGCUUAAGCUACAAUUUAGUGUGAUGCACAACCUUGUCUCUGGCUUGACUUACUCCAACACAGUGUGGAAAGGGGGGCUUCAAGUUGAUCAGAGUAAAGGAAUGUUGGGUACUUUUGCUCCCCAAAAGGGUCCAUAUGUAUAUGCCUUGAAAGAAGACACCACUCCCGCUGGUGCACUUGCAAGGGGUGUUUACUCUGCAAAACUUAAGUUUGAAGAUGAUGACAAAAGGUGUCAUAUGGAACUCAAAUAUUUGUUCGAGAUUAAAAAAAGCGGCUAGUCCCCCAGUUUUCUGUCACAUUGUUUUUUAUUCAUGAUUGUAUCGUUCUCGUGAAAUUCUUGAUUCUAUUUUGAACAUAAUUGUCUGAUCUGAUGAUGUUACUUUGUUUACUAAUACACAAAAGAUGGUUCCAUUGUGAAUUUGUGAUGACUUAUUGUAAGAACCAAAAAAUGACCAUUGAGCAUUUGUACUACACAUGGCAGAAAAGUUCCUCUUUAAAAUAUUUAUGAAA